UCACAAGACCAUCACUCCCGCCCCAGCCAUGGCCAAGCUCACGCUGUCCCCGCACACGCCGCAGACCGUGGGCGCGUUCCUGCAGUUCAUCAACAAGAGCCCGUCCCCGUUCCACGCCGUCUACGAGACCGUGCAGGCGCUCACGGCCGCCGGCUUCCAGCAGCUGCGCGAGGAGGACUCGUGGAAGGACGCCGUGCGCCCCAACGGCAAGUACUACGUGACGCGCAACCAGUCGGCCGUCGUGGCCUUCGCCGUGGGCGGCAAGUACCAGCGCGGCAACGGCUUCCACGUCAUCGGCGCGCACACGGACAGCCCGUGCCUCAAGGUCAAGCCCGUGUCCAACAUCGAGUCGCAGGGCUGGCUGCAGGUGGGCGUCGAGACGUACGGCGGCGGCCUCUUCCACACGUGGUUCGACCGCGACCUGGGCCUCGCCGGCCGCGUCAUCGUGCGCGAGAGCGACUCGAGCUUCCAGUCCAAGCUGCUGCUCGUGGACCGCCCCAUCCUGCGCAUCCCCACGCUCGCCAUCCACCUGGACCGCAAGGUCUCGGAGGGCUUCACCUUCAACAAGGAGACCCACCUGCGCCCCGUGAUCGCCUCGGCCGCGCGCGCCGAGCUCGAGGCCACCAUGGACGCCAAGGACCAGCCCAAGUCCAAGCACGCGUCGGUGCUGCUGCAGCUCAUCGCCAAGGAGCUCGACGUCAAGAUCGACCAGAUCUGCGACUUCGAGCUCUGUCUGUUCGACACGCAGGGCGCCAACGUGGGCGGCGUGCUGGAGGAGUUCAUCUUCUCGCCCAGACUGGACAACCUCUGCUGCUCGUGGCUGGCCACGCAGGCGCUCAUCAAGUCGCUCGACAACCUGGCGGACGACGAGAACGUCCGUGUGGCGGCGCUGUUCGACAAUGAGGAGGUGGGAUCGCAGUCGCUCAUGGGCGCCGGAUCCAACUUCAUGCAGUCCGUGGCGGAGCGCGUGGCUCAGGGAGAGCUCUGCGGCGCUGCGGCUCGCAAGUCGUUCAUGGUGUCGGCCGACAUGGCCCACGGCGUGCACCCGAACUACUCGGAGAAGCACGAACAGAAUCACCGCCCCGCUCUGCACGCUGGCCCCGUGAUCAAGUACAACGCCAACGAGCGCUACGCCACUAGCGGCACGUCCGCCUUCUUGAUGAAGGAGCUGGCUCGUCGCCACAAUGUGGACAUCCAGGAGUUUGUGGUGCGUCAGGACACGGGUUGCGGAUCCACUAUCGGCCCCAUCCUGUCGACCAACACGGGCAUUCGCACGAUUGACGUGGGUCUCGCCCAGCUCAGCAUGCACAGCAUCCGCGAGAUGUGCGGCACGGAGGACCUGGUCAAGUCGCUGGACUGGUUUACGGCCUUCUACUCCGAGUUCUCGUCCCUCGACAAGUGCCUCAAGACUGAUUGAACCUUGUGCGCUGUUUGAAGUAGGAAGUAGCAAGAGCAUGCACAUGGCCGUCUUCAAGGUGAGAACCUGGAUGCCCAUACUUGUAUUGAACGCUGGUAGGAAUGAAAAAAAAUUUGGAGAGUUC